ACUCCAUAGAUUUAAAUAAAAUUUAAACUAAAAUAAUAAACAUAUAAUUAAAACAGUCUAAAGGCAAUAAUGUGUGGUAAAAUUUUCGAUCAUAAUACAAUCUACGGGGCACACUAAGAAAUUAUAUUUUGAAAUAAAUAUAAAAAAUCGUAUUCAUUUAAUUGCAAUGGUGAUAUUUAAUUUUUGAUAUUAGCGUUAAACAUGAAAUCGUGUAUUGCUUUCGUGACUCCAAACUUUUAUUUAAAACCCGGUAUCGUCCUUUGGAUUUCAGCAUGUAUCAUUGAGCAUGCUAAAGGUACAACAAAUAAGGCUUUUUAAAUGGUUAGAAAAUAGAAGAGCAUUAGAGAAUCUUACUAUAACUCUAUACAAUAUUUUCGAUACACAACAAGAUUAAAGGGCCAGAACUGAACUGACAGGUGUGUGAUAAUAAAAGAAAAUUACUGCAACGGCUUUCAUGUCAACAAUCAUCUUUUGUGACUUGUUAUUUGUGAUUGUAUCUACUGGAAAACACUUCCUUCUCUCUUAAGUUUUUUUCUGCGUGUAUUAUUGAAGAAUCUAAAAAUUUAACAGUGUUCCACUAUAAUAAAUUAAGGAAUAAAGAAGAUCAUGACCUGAAAGUUUUAUUGAAUUCGAAUAUUACUUGGAAGUGUUUAUUGUUCGAUGAUUUCCACUAAGGAGAAUGUGAAGCAAAGUAAACACGAUAAAGACCCGUUUAUAAUUCUUCUAAAGAAAAAUAUAAUUUCAUAUUUGACGAUUCCAGUCAAUUUAAACAAAAAUCUUAAACUUUAUUGUUUUUUUUCAUAUCAUACACUGGAAAUUUUAAUAUCAAUUUUAUUUUGGUACUGCAACAGCAUCGGAAUCACAGCACUAAAUAAAUAUUUAUUUGAUGUUGCUGGGUUCAAUUUACCGCUUUUAGUGGCAUUUGUUCAUUUUUCCUGUGUUAGUAUUGGCCUUAUAGUGUUUUUUUUCUUUUUCCCUUCUUAUGAUGAGGAUUCGUCUCUUUAUAAUUUGAUUUCGUCAGCCACAUGGUCCAAACUUAUUCCAACUUUCCUCUUUUAGUUGGUGUUUUAGCAGCUUUGGAUGUUAGUUUAUCGAAUUUGUCUUAUGCUGAAGUUUCCAUUUCAGUUAUUACUAUUGUCAAAUCGUCUUCCAUUGUUAUAACGUAUUUGCUUUCGGUUGCUAUGAAGCUUGAAAAAUUCAGUUAUCGUUUUUUUUCUGCUGUAACAUUGACGUUUCUUAGUAUUUGUCUUACAGUGAACUCCAUGGUGGUAAAGCGAAAAAUAGGAGUAAUUUAUUUGUUUGGAGCAGUGUUAGCUGGCGGUUGCCGUUGGGUUUUAGUUCAUGAACAGCUUCAAGUAAAAAAGUAUAGUCCCUUGCAGCUUAUGUUAUUAACACAGCCUGUCUGUGCUGUAGCUUUAGCGCUUCCCUGUUUUUAUAUAGAUGUGGUUCAAUUAACAGGGUUUCGGAGCGCUAAAAUUCUUGUUUACAAUAGUUCUUACAUUUUUGUUUUGAUUUUUUUUUCUUCUUGUUUGGGGUUUUUUCUUUUAAUAUCUGAGUACUACAUAGUUAUGUUAACGUCGUCUUUAACCCUCACAAUAGCAGGUGUAGGAAAAGAAGUUUGCACAAUUUUUAUGUCCAUUUUGUUAUUCAACGAAAGCAUUAGUAUUAAAUCGUUUGUGGGAAUUCUCGCAUCGAUUUCCUGCAUUCUUUUUUAUACCUAUUUACGUUCUACGUCUCCAGAUUACACAUUGUUACAUUCUGUCGAUAGUGGCAAUUUAUCGUCAUUUGAGGAAUUAAGGGUUUCCUGCAGUACUGAAGAAAAAAUUCUUGUGCAACCUUUUAAUGUUGUCUCCACAUUAUAGCAUUGUUAUCGACAUAAUUGGACGAAUUAAUGUCAUGUUUAGCAUUCAAAGUAUGAAGAAACAUUGAAUAAAUCUUUGCAUAAUCAAAGUUUUUUUUUCAAUCCGUUUGAACUGUUACUAUUUAAAUUUGUUGUCGAUUUACUACAAUGCAAAUCAAUGUACGGGUAUUCAAUUUGUUUUAAAUCAAUAAUGUUCAUUUGACACAUUAUUAAUUGAUCUACUUUGUAAUAAAAAAAUAAUUUAUGCUGAAACAUAAGAACA